CAUAUGCCAGUCAAUGAGUGGUGUGAAUAGAAGAAAUCAGAGAGAGAAAGAAAACAGUAUUGUGAUUCUAUUUGAAGACUCAUCUUGUGGUGAUAGUUAACUCAUCUUCUACAUCAAAAACAAAAGAGAAAAAAAAAAAUCAUCUUCCUCUUCUCCAAAAUAUAAUAUAUAGAUCUCUCCAAUCCUCUCAUAAAUGUUCCAUAUUUUGUGUUCAAUGUUCCAAAAGAUCAAACUCUCAAAAAUCAACCACUCACCAUUUUCCACUUAUCCAUAAUCUUCUUAACACUUUCUCAAAAACAAACUCUCUAAAUUUCCUUCUAGAUUCUCAAAUUUUCAUCUAAUUUUAUUUUUUGUGUUACAAAUCCAAAAGAAAAAACAACUUUUUGUCUUGUUCUUACUUUUUCACCUCAUUUUUUUCCACAUCUCUAAUCCUUCCAAAGCUUUGAACUUUAUUGAAAAAUCAAUCAAAAUUUUCAAAACCCUAAUUUCCUUUUUUAUAUAACUUUCAAAAAAGUACUUGAAAGUUGAAAUUUCAACUGAAAAACAAUUAAAGUUCUUAUCUUUAAGUCAUAUAAAGAUGCAAGACCCAACAACAUUCCAACCCAUGAAACCAAAUUUUCCAGAACAAGAACAACUUAAAUGUCCACGUUGUGAAUCAAACAACACAAAAUUCUGUUAUUACAACAACUAUAAUCUCUCACAACCUCGUCAUUUUUGUAAAAACUGUAAAAGGUAUUGGACCAAAGGUGGUUCUUUAAGGAACAUUCCUGUUGGUGGUGGAACAAGAAAAGUCACAAAACGUUCAUCAAAUUCCAAACGUUCAACAACAACAACAACAACACCAUCUUCAUCUUCUUCAGCUCAAGUUUCUUCAGUUUCAGAAUCUGACCCGACCCAGAUUAAGAAUAACCCGGUUGAGGAAAACCAAAGGGUUUUUGGUGGAGGGAGUUUUAGUUCACUUCUUGCAUCAAGUGAGCGAUUUGGGAAUCUUUUUGAGGGUCUGAAUUCAAAUGGGUCGGGUUUGAAAAUGGUACAAAUGGGUGAAUUUGGGGAGAAUUUGAACUGUGACCCGGUUAGUAAUUCGGGUCAUAAUAACCCGAGUGGUAGAGAUGGUGAAUCAGAGAUUUUUCAUGGUUUGCAAAAUGGUGGUAAUUCAAGUUGUUGGAAUGGUAAUCAUGGUUGGUCUGAUCUUGCAAUAUAUACACCUAGCUCAAGUUAUCAGUAGAAGAGAUUUGGGAAGAAAAAAAAAAUUAAGCCUUUUUUUGGCUUAAUUUAGUUUCUUAAUUAAGCAUUAUUUUGCUCUAAUAUUUAUUAUACUUAAAUAAUAUAAUAUGGUUUUGUAAAGAGUUUAUUAUGUGUACAAGUUUAUGGAUUGCAUUGUAUGCCAUGGAGGAUCAUACAUCAAAGGGUCACUAAAGAAGUAACCACUAGGUGAUUUUUUUUUUCUUUCUUUUAUAUAUUUAUUAUAUUAUAUAUGAAUGCUUGUUAAUGGUGUUGUUUACCAUGGUGGUAAUUGAAUGAAAAAAAAAAGAUGAUUUUUUUGGGGAGGGUGAAAGCUACUUUGGUGAUUAGGAAGAUCAUGUUAAUGUGGUGUGUUUUUGGCAUGUUUUGAAGCAGCUUGGAUAUUUGGAAGUUUGCAUGAGAAUUUGUUGAUUAUUAUAUCUAGGUAGGAGUAUUUGGGAAUGUACUAAUGUAAAGGGAUGGAUUAUAUAUGGGAAAAUCCAAAGUACAAGAGUGGUUUUAAAUUUAAGCCUUAUUUGUACCUUGUCAAUGGAGGGCAUGAACACUGACACCUUGUUUGUUUGUUUACUCAAGUUUCUAUCUUGGUGAUUGUUAUUUGACUGAUCAUUCUUUAGAAAUUUAACUUUUUUUAGAUUCAAA